GAAAAGAAAAAAAAAAUACAAUCGCCCAGUUCUCCCCAUCUCAUUCCUCUCCCCAGUCUGAUUUAACCACUUUGAGGGGAUCCGGGCAUUGGUGGUUUUAUAGCAAAGCAACCCAAGGGAUUCUCACACAGGCUUGAGAGCCACGGUUCUCAAACGUCACUGCUUUUUGGGAUCAUCUGGGGAGUUUUUCAAAAUCCCCAUGCCCAGGCUGUCCCCUAGACCAAUGAAAUCAGAAUUACUCGGGCAGUAUUUUUGAAAGCUCCUGGGUAUUCCAGUGGCAGUCAAAUGUGACAACCACUAUUCUUCUAGGUCAAUUCUUUUCAAGCUUUAAUGGACACACAAUUGUCUGGGGACUGUGUUAAAAUGCAGGUUCUGAUUCAGUAGGUCCAAGUGGGGCCUCAGAUUCUUUGGCUUCUAACAAGCUCUCAGCUGAUGCCAAAGGCGCAGAUCCUUGGACCAUAUCCUUCUUCCCAGAGGGCAUUUGCACACUCACCUCUGCAGACGAACAGGAUUCAAAGAGACGGAAAUUGGCUUCUGGGUAAGUGAAGUUAUUUCAGAGAUACUUCUUGGUAGGUGCGGGUGGCGAUGGGGGGGGGGCGGAGCUUCCCUUCCCGAAGGAAAAAACAGGUCUUCCCAGAAGGAAAACUUGUCGCCUCUUCCUACGUGGGACAUGGCUUUAAAACCUGGAGGUGUAGUGCCCAUCCCUGGCUCUCAGGAAAAAGGCAAGAAGCUGAGGGCCCAUGGGUGGGGUUGCCAGAUCAAAUAUAGGAUGCCCAGUUCAAUUUGAUUUCAGAUGAACCACACACAAUUAUUUUAGGGUAAGUGUUGUCCCCUCUUCUCCUGUCGUGAUCACCCCCAGAAAUGAAUAAACCCUCUAUCCCAAAUUCGGUUCAGAGGCAGAGGCUCUUGACAUCAUACCCAAGAGGGUAUGCAAGGUUUAUGACACAUAUUGGAAGGUUUCUGGGGACAUCAGGGAAAAUAGGCUUCCCCAGCAGAUUCAAAGAUAACUGAGAGAGCAGGGGCGGUGGGUAGCUACCUUGGGGUUUUGUGGUGAGGAAGGGUGGGGCUGAGGAGAAGGGGCUGGGCCUGCGUGGCUUGUACUUCCAGCUGGUACCAGAAGAGGGAGCUGCAGGGCUUACCUGCUUGCUCAGGUGUGGGCAGAAGAGCAGCAGGCCGUGAUGGGGCUUGAAAACUGUCAUCAGUCAACGCAUCAAACACGGAGUCAGACUCUUUGUCACAAUAUUAAAUUAAACAUGAAGAAAAGUAUUAUUAACACCCGGCUCUUUGUAAACAUUCCCAAUGUAAUCGUACCAGAUAUUGAAAAGGAAAUAAGAAGGAUGGAAAAUGGAGCAUGCAGCUCCUUUUCUGAUGACGAUGAUAGUGCCUCUAUGUUUGAAGAAUCAGAGAGUGAAAACCCCCAUGGAAGGGAUUCCUUUAGGAGUAAUACAUAUGGAAAGGGACAACCUCACAGAAGGGAGCAGUACUUGCCUGGAGCCAUUGCACUUUUCAAUGUUAACAACAGCAGCAAUAAGGAGCAAGAACCAAAAGAAAAGAAGAAAAAGAAAAAAGAAAAGAAGAGCAAGCUAGAUGAUAAAACUGAAAAUAAAAAGGACCCAGAAAAGAAAAAGAAGAAAGAAAAGGACAAAGACAAGAAAAAGAAAGAAGAGGAGAAAGGCAAAGAUAAGAAAGAGGAGGAGAAGAAGGAAGUCGUGGUUAUUGAUCCCUCAGGAAACACCUAUUACAACUGGCUGUUUUGCAUCACCUUACCUGUUAUGUACAACUGGACCAUGAUUAUCGCUAGAGCAUGUUUUGAUGAACUUCAGUCUGAUUACAUAGAAUACUGGCUCAUUUUUGAUUACUUAUCAGAUAUAGUCUAUCUUCUCGAUAUGUUUGUACGAACAAGGACAGGUUACCUAGAACAAGGACUGCUGGUGAGGGAAGAGCUUAAACUCAUAGAUAAAUAUAAAUCAAACUUGCAAUUUAAAUUGGAUGUCCUAUCCGUGAUACCAACUGAUCUGCUAUAUUUUAAGCUGGGGUGGAACUAUCCAGAAAUUAGAUUAAACAGACUGUUGAGGAUCUCUCGAAUGUUUGAGUUCUUCCAGAGAACAGAGACAAGGACAAACUACCCAAACAUCUUCAGGAUCUCUAACCUCGUCAUGUAUAUCAUCAUCAUCAUCCAUUGGAAUGCGUGCGUGUACUUCUCUAUUUCCAAAGCUAUUGGAUUUGGAAAUGAUACAUGGGUCUACCCUGAUGUUAACGAUCCUGAAUUUGGCCGUUUGGCUAGAAAAUAUGUAUACAGCCUUUACUGGUCUACACUGACUCUGACUACCAUUGGUGAAACACCACCUCCAGUGAGGGAUUCUGAGUAUGUCUUUGUGGUGGCUGAUUUCCUAAUUGGAGUGUUAAUUUUUGCUACCAUUGUCGGUAACAUUGGGUCUAUGAUUUCCAACAUGAAUGCAGCCAGAGCAGAAUUCCAAGCAAGAAUCGAUGCGAUCAAGCAAUACAUGCAUUUUCGAAAUGUAAGCAAAGAGAUGGAAAAGAGAGUUAUUAAAUGGUUUGACUAUCUCUGGACCAACAAAAAAACAGUAGAUGAGAAAGAAGUCUUGAAGUAUCUACCUGAUAAACUGAGAGCAGAAAUUGCCAUUAACGUUCACUUAGACACAUUAAAAAAGGUGCGUAUUUUUGCAGACUGUGAGGCUGGUCUCUUGGUGGAGUUGGUCUUGAAAUUACAGCCCCAGGUCUACAGUCCUGGAGAUUAUAUUUGCAAGAAAGGGGAUAUUGGACGAGAGAUGUACAUUAUCAAAGAAGGCAAACUUGCUGUGGUGGCAGAUGAUGGAAUCACCCAGUUUGUGGUAUUGAGUGAUGGCAGCUACUUUGGUGAGAUCAGCAUCCUUAACAUUAAAGGCAGUAAAGCUGGCAAUCGAAGAACAGCCAAUAUUAAAAGUAUUGGCUAUUCAGACCUGUUCUGUCUCUCGAAAGAUGACCUCAUGGAAGCUCUAACCGAGUACCCAGAUGCUAAAUGUAUGCUAGAAGAGAAAGGGAAGCAAAUCUUGAUGAAAGAUGGUCUGCUGGAUAUCAAUAUUGCAAACGCUGGAAGUGACCCCAAAGAUCUAGAAGAGAAGGUCACCCGAAUGGAGGGGUCAGUAGACCUUCUGCAAACAAGGUUUGCUCGGAUCCUGGCUGAGUAUGAGUCCAUGCAGCAGAAACUGAAGCAAAGACUAACAAAGGUUGAGCAAUUUCUAAAGCCACUUACUGACCCAGAAUUUUCAGCUAUUGAAGGAUCUGGAGUUGAAAGUGGGCCCACAGACUCAACACAGGACUGAAAAGCGGGCUCUUCAUAAGGACAUGUCUCAUGAUCCUUUUGAUGAUGGGAUGAAGGGAGCGGUAAAUUGGAAGAGGAGGAAGAAUCAGCUGGGAACUUUUCCAUAAGGAAAAUGUGCUUUGGUGCAGGGCUCAGGGCCAUGCACUCACUUGUGAGGUACUGUAUCUAAAAAUCUCACCCUACUUAGAAUUUUUCACAAUGGACAAUGAGCAAAGAUAUGAGCCACCUAACUUGUCAGUAGCUGUAUCUUCUAAUUUUUUUCACAUGUGCUCCUUUUAUGCAACACUCUUAUAACAGUGAACAAGUAUCCCCAAGUUCAGGCAAUUUAUAUUGUGGAGGAACAACUGGGAAUUACCACAUACGUCACGUUCAGGAUACCGUGAAAAAACAUUAGAAUGCAAUAAAGUAAAAUCUAAAACUAU